AUGAACGUGGAGGUCCACAACAUCUCUUACACGAGCGCGACUGCCUCUCGGUCCACUAACAACCCCUGCCCAGAGAGCUAUUCCCACGUCAGGAACAGUAACUUUGCAGGCGACUUGUGCCAGAACUUGCACCACGAGGAGCAGGUCCCCCAUGCCCUGAGCUCCCUCGUCCUCCACAGACUCGACCCCUCCACCGUCUACAUCCUGUGCAUCACGUGUAAAAACGUGUUUCCCUCCAGCAACCAUUGCACGCCCGUCUGCACCCUCGGCCGGCAGCCUCUGGCCUUCGGGGGCUCUGGGCACGAAGCCGACCCCUCGCUGCGGGCAGGGAGCAGCCUCUUGCUGCUGUGCUUUACGGCCAUCUCGGUGUAUGGCUGCCUGCAGUGCUGGUCCCCGAGGUGCCGCGCCUUCGCGGCCAUCCUGCGCCAACCUGGAGGGGGACCGGGCGAGCCGGCAGAUGGGACUGUGACGUUCCUCAUCUCCCCCUGCUAA